AUGCCAGGUCCUCAGGAGUCAGAACCAGAAGUAAAGGCAGAUGGAGAGACUGCAUCUGACAGUGAGAACCGUGCGGAAGCUGCUCCCGUAGCAACCUCUGCAGACGAUACCCCAGAGGUCCUCAAUAGGGCCCUUUCCAACUUGUCUUCAAGAUGGAAGAACUGGUGGGUGAGAGGCAUCCUGACUUUGGCCAUGAUUGCAUUUUUCUUCAUCAUCAUUUACCUGGGACCAAUGGUUUUAAUGAUGAUUGUGAUGUGUGUUCAGAUAAAGUGUUUCCAGGAGAUUAUCACUAUUGGCUACAAUGUCUACCACUCCUAUGACCUACCUUGGUUCAGGACCCUCAGCUGGUACUUCUUAUUGUGUGUAAAUUAUUUCUUCUACGGUGAAACAGUGACGGAUUAUUUCUUCACUCUGGUCCAGCGAGAGGAGCCUUUGAGGAUUCUCAGCAAAUAUCACCGGUUCAUUUCCUUUACUCUCUACCUGAUAGGAUUCUGCAUGUUUGUAUUGAGUUUGGUCAAGAAGCAUUACCGUCUGCAGUUCUACAUGUUUGGCUGGACCCAUGUAACGCUACUGAUCGUUGUCACCCAGUCACAUCUCGUUAUCCACAACCUGUUUGAGGGAAUGAUCUGGUUCAUUGUCCCCAUUUCUUGCGUGAUCUGUAAUGACAUCAUGGCCUAUAUGUUUGGAUUCUUCUUUGGUCGGACCCCACUCAUCAAGCUAUCACCGAAGAAGACCUGGGAAGGCUUCAUUGGGGGCUUCUUUGCUACUGUGCUCUUUGGCCUUCUGCUGUCCUAUGUGAUGUCUGGAUACAGAUGCUUUGUCUGCCCUGUGGAGUACAACAAUGACACCAACAGCUUCACUGUGGACUGUGAGCCCUCGGACCUGUUUCGCUUACAUGAGUACAACAUUCCUGAGGUGAUCCAGUCGGUCAUUGGCUGGAAAAUCGUCCGGAUGUACCCUUUCCAGAUUCAUAGCAUUGCCCUCUCCACCUUUGCCUCACUCAUCGGCCCCUUUGGAGGAUUCUUUGCAAGUGGAUUCAAACGAGCCUUCAAAAUCAAAGACUUUGCCAAUACUAUUCCUGGCCACGGAGGCAUCAUGGAUCGCUUUGACUGUCAGUAUCUGAUGGCCACCUUUGUCAAUGUGUACAUUGCCAGUUUUAUCAGGGGCCCGAACCCAAGCAAGCUGAUUCAGCAGUUCAUGAACUUGCGGCCAGAACAGCAGCUCCACAUCUUCAGCACACUCAAGUCUCACCUGAUCGACAAGGGGAUGCUGACAGAUGCCACGGAGGACUAGUAGGGGCCCCGCAGGGCUGAGAGAGCAGGACUGAGCGAGGGAGCGGGCACCAAGGCCAGCCCAGCUGGUGUGACUGAAAUGAUGACAAGGCUUCAACUCACUGUCUUUUUUUUUUUAAUUUUUUCAAAGAGUGUUUUUUUAUCUGUGGGUUUUUAAAAAAAUUCUGUAUAUACAGUCUAUGUGCUUAUGAUUUGGGUUGUGAGUAAACUAUAGCUUUGAGUUGGAAAGAAGUCAUGGGGGUGAAACUAUUUGGGUUUUUUAAACAGAAGUUUUAAAAACCUGGGAGACAGUUUUGCCCAGGUACUUCUGGUCUCAUCAGUUGAAUUGGGCUCGAUCAGGGAGUGGCUGUUCAUGUGUUCUGACCCCGUCAGCGUCCCCCAUACCUGUACUACCCCUUCUCCACAGCAGAGAGGAGGUGCACGGCUUGGAUGUCUUUGCCAGGAGAGCUUUCACCAGAGCUACUCUGUAAUCCUGCCUGGAGCUCCAGGCGUCUGCCUGCUGUGGGCUGGAGGGACAAAGGCUUAUUCUCAGAUCAGCAUUCUGUCCACAUGAAAUCCUGUGGAACCUGAGCUCUGCUUUAUGAUAUGGGUUCACCUUACUUCAUCACAGACUGAAGUUUUCUCGAGAGAGAGCACGAAACAUUAUUUAUAAUAGUCUGGUAGAAAACACCACACUGUAAUAUUUCAAGUGUAUACAGUAGCAUGUACUGUAACCGAGUCCCUCCCCCCAUGUUUAGGCUCACAUGGCUCCUAGGGGGCAGUCCACUCACUGUCUUUUCAGGGACGAUGGUGUUCAUAUUUGUGCAGUGGACUGGCUGCUGCUGAAUCCUCUCUGGGGCUUGCCCGUUAGGCAGGGAGCAGAAGGCUUCUCGUUUGUGCCCCUUUGCCUGACUGACCACCCACGUAGCUGCUGUAUUGUAUAUAUAUUGCUCCAGAGGCAAAUGUGUAUUGUGUAUGUGUUUUAAAAAUCACUUAUUUCUUAGAGUGAUUUCAAUUGCCAAGACUUCUUCACUGAAAUCACAAAGUCCUGCUUAAAACUCUGGAAAACCCAACCCAAUUAGAGGUUUGACUAUUCUGAAGAUUAAAUGCACACUUUUUAUAUAAUGUGACCAGUUAAGUGUAGUUUGUGUUUUACGGGGGGACCUUAUUUUUAAAAAAACGACUGUGAUUUACUUUGUUUCUCUUCUUAAUUAUAGGGACGAGGGUGACUUUGGGAAGGGGGUACAGGAGAGAGAACUCGGUGCCCCAAUGUGUUCAGUUGUUCUGUGCCAUGGUUGUUCUCGUUGCCAAAUGAGCAUUGAUGGCUCGCUGUAGCACCUGGCGUGGUGCUAGUCUGUUUUGUUUCUGUUUAAAUCGGCCUUCCUGCCUCCCCAAGCUUACACGCGGCCCAGAUCCUGGGGUAGACCGCUUGAUGUUUCAGCUCACAGUCACUGCACGACCGUCCACAUGCAUACAGCAUUGACGUGGCCUCUCUCUGAACCUUCACUCCAUUUCAGCACGUGGCUCCUAUUCUUCAGUUCCGAGUCCCCUUUAAAAACAACAUGUGUUUUUGUCUUGCCUGGGCUUUCGUCCUGGCUGUGGACCGUGGGUGGUUCAUGACAAAUCCUUCUCUGGGUUCUUGUUUUCUGAGCUCUUCUAACUCCAGUCUUCCAUGAUCCUGGCUGAGUAAGGUCAUGUCAGCAGAGGCAGCUGUGGGUAAUGAGUGAUGUCUGGGCCCCCCAGAGCAAUUGUUUGCCAGUCUUUUCUAAAUAUUUAUCCUUCAGAUGAGGCAGUGUCUCAGCAAUGAAUUAAGGUGAUGAACCUGGUUUUCUUAUUGAAGAACGAACUUGGUCUCCUGAACUGGGACAGAAUGGCACCUCACUGUCUCAUGCUGCCCCCUGUGGGCACGGUGGGGUCCUUGCGAGCAGGCAUCUCAGUGGGAGCCCAGCAGUAGUCGAGUCACUCGUGAGCAGGGCUGCCUUGGGAUCAGGGUGCCUGGCACGUUGCUUUGUGGAAGUGGUUGCUGAUAGGACGUUGGAGGUCCUGCGGGUCCUGGGAAGCUGAAGGUGGUUGCUCACCAGAGCUGCCAGCAAGAAUGCCACGGGAUCAGCUGGGGUUUUUGUUUCUGGAGUUCUCCACAUUCUCUCUGGUGAGAUAGGAGGAGUUUCCGGGGGGCGGGGGGCAGUUUGGAAAGCAGCGACUAUGUAGCACAACAUUUUUCUUUCUCCCAUUUAUUGGUGAUAUUUCAUCAUUAAGAUAAGAUUCAAGAGACUAUUUUAACACAUAUCUGUGCAGAUUUUAAUGGAACAACUUACUUCAGAUCCAUUUUGUGUGUGUGUGAGAAAUAAAAUGUGACUGAAACUGUG